AUGCGGAUGAAGAAGAUGGAAAACAAACACGGGAAGAGGCGAGAAACAGAUAGCAAUUCAGAUUAUAUGAGUCCCCGAUUACGCGCGAUUGCAAUCUUGAAACAAGAGAUUGCAAUAAUGGAAUUGCAAGACGAAAUUGCAUUAAUGGAAUACGAAUCGGGACGUCACGAAGAUAACGGAGAUGCAGGCGAAGUAAUGACACGGAAAGAAGAAGACGAUUCCGAAAGAGAUGAUUUGGCCUGUAAAGAUGUUCAAAAACUGAACGGUAAGAAUGAAAGAAGCAAGGACCGGAAACGCAGGCAAGAUGAUGAUAGAGACUAUCACGAAGAAGAAGAAGAAGAAGAGAGUGAAGGAUUCAACCGGAACCGAUCACCGGAAACGGUAUCAUCGGAUGUUAAUAUGAAGAAAAGAAUGAUGCAGAAACGACGGGAACAAAAAAGGAAGAAAGGAUAUCCAGAUUUAGCGACGACAGUUAGCGACAAAAGAAGAAGGAUAGCGACAGAAAACAGAUCAGCGACAGGACGAUUUAGUAGCACUAAACUGCCUUUAACGACAUAUCAAAGACUUUCAGCGACAAAAUGGGUAAUGAACAACAAUAUUACCGUACUCGGCAUCACGAAACAAAUCAAAGUGGUAUCAGAGCGGUGUUGGGGAAGAUGA